CUCACUCAAAACGUUGGUGGGAAUAGACACUAAUUGUUCGGAUUGUUUACGAAUUUAAAAAGCGUUCCAUCUGAAAGAAAGUUUAUUAUUUUUUUUCAGAGUAAAGGAUAUUGAAGGACCAGAUAGCCUGUUUCUAGGCUGAACGGGUGCUUGACCUUGGAGCCACUUCCUUUCUGUCAGCACCUGUUAUAAAUAAACAUGCAAGUUGCUAGUCAUCUUCGGUCUAUUUGCACACUAUCGUUUACCAAGAUUGCAAACUCCCUGACAUGUCCACUACAGAAUAUUCGUUUUUACGCUGUUCCUGGAGUCAAAACUGCUUACAUUCGUGAUAAGCCUCAUAUGAACAUUGGUACAAUAGGACACGUUGAUCACGGAAAGACUACCCUCACUGCAGCUAUCACAAAAAUACUUUCUGGAAAAAACAACUCUGUCUAUCGGAGCUAUGAAGAGAUUGAUGCUGCUCCAGAAGAACGAAAACGUGGCAUAACCAUUAAUGCAGCAGUGGUUGAUUACUCAACAUCUAACCGGCAUUACGCACACACAGAUUGUCCUGGUCAUGCUGACUAUAUAAAAAAUAUGAUAACUGGUGCUAAUCAGAUGGAAUGCGCUAUUCUCGUCGUAGCUGCAACUGAUGGCACUAUGCCACAGACUAGAGAGCAUUUAUUAUUGGCUAAGCAGAUAGGAAUAGAAAGAUUAGUCGUUUUUAUCAAUAAAGCUGAUGUGGCAGACCCCGAGAUGCUAGAACUGGUUGAACUUGAAGUCAGAGAUACAUUAAAACAUUAUGGGUUUGAUGGAGAUAAUACGCCAAUUGUCAGUGGUUCCGCCCUUUGUGCACUGGAAAAUCGCGACCCUAAAAUGGGUAUUGAAAAAAUUGAAGAAUUGCUUGAUGCGAUUGACUCAGUUCCUAUGCCGAAACGCGAAAAAGAUAAACCUUUCCUACUUCCUAUCGAACAUGUGUUUACCAUUACUGGUCGAGGUACUGUUGUUACAGGUCGGAUAGAACGUGGAAUUCUUAAGCUUCAGUCACCAAUUGAAAUAAUUGGAUAUAGUCAGAUUCUAAAAUCCACUGUCACAGGAAUUGAAAUGUUUCACCAACUUUUAGAUCAAGCAGAACCAGGUGACCAAGUUGGCAUCUUAAUGAGAGGAGUGAAACGAGAUGAAGUAAGACGUGGUCAGUUUGUUGUAGAACCAAAGUCUAUGUCAAUACAUGACUAUGUUCAGUGUCAGGUGUAUAUGCUUUCAAAGAAAGAAGGUGGUCGUGCUAAACCGUUUACGGGCAAUCACCAAUUCCAUGUUUUCAGUAAGUCAUGGGAUUGUCCUGCUGUUCUAGUACUCCCUGAAGGGAAGGAAAUGGUUAUGCCAGGGGAAGAUGCAGCUGUGAACCUACACUUCCAUAGGAAAAUGGCUCUUGAGGUCGGACAGCGUUUUACUAUUCGUGCUAGUUCCGCUACUAUUGGUUAUGGUGUUGUUGGUAAAAUCCUCCCUGGUCCAGGUCCAUUCGCCUGGUCUAAAUAAUGUCCAAUUAUAUUUGUAAUUAAUUUCAACUUUUGUGCUUCAUCUAUUACUGAAUAAAUCUUUAGUAAGAAUAUAAUGUCUUACUAUUUUAUCACAUUGAUAAUCUUGUUUCGAUCAUCUUCAAACCCUUUUUUUGGUGUACACAGGUGCUCUUUAUUUUUUGAUACUCAUUCGUCACCAUUAUAUAUUGAAAAGUUGGUCAUAAAGUUUAUUUUUCGAACCGUAUAAUACAUUUGCGGUUAUGUACCUUAAGAUUUAUUGCGCUUUAUUAAUUAUCGACCAAAGUUGCUGCACCGAAAAUGAUCAGUAACAAUGAGCUGUAACAUUUUGAAAUUUCAUUUCUUUUGCUUCCCAAAGUUGUGAUAAAUAUAUGUAGUUAGUGAAUUUAGGACAUACAAAACUUAUCUAUCAUUAGUUUCCUAAAUAUCUUCCACGAGUAUUAGGGAGGUUGCUUAUUUGUUGUGACAUAAAUUGUUGUGUAUUAGUUAGUAAAGACAUAGUUCACAUCAGAUAUUAUAUAAACCCAAAGAACCAAACAAAUCUCAGUGAAGUACACUAACAUUUGUAAGUUGGUACCUAUAGUGAUGAAAUAUCUUACGGAAAAAUAAAUCAUUCUAAUCGCCAGCACAUAUUAGAUAUGUUUUAGACAUUUAAACGGACUUCACGUUUUUAAAUUGCUAGCCUGAUAUCUUUUAAUACUAACCGUUAAUCUGAAAAUUAAUUCUUAAUUUUCAUCAAUUAGAAAAUAUGAAUUACGUUCAUAACUUCCUGUACCAAAGAGGUUGAAAGUCAUAGAUAAAUCGUUCAUUAAACAGACGAAUGGACUGUUCUGUUUCUUCAUUUUAAUGAAUCUUAUUGUUUAGUUGUAAUUCUGAUACUUAAAUAUUACGAAAUAUGGUAAAAUAAAAUAAAUGUAAAUUAA